AUGGCCGGCAACGGCGAAGUUCUGGAGGGAUUUAUAUGUCCCAUAUGCAUGACCGACUUCAAGACACCCAAUCACUUAACGAAGCAUUUCGAGGAGAUCCACAAUGACGAUCCGGAGAUUUUAAAAUCUUUGAAAGAUCUCUUUGGCAAAGCUAAAAAGAAGAUCUUGAAGCAGGAUGAUAUGCCAGGAACUCUUUCAGGUGCAAUAGCGCAGGGCAAGAGGCACAGUCCUGAAAUUAAUUAUGGACCACAAGAAAUAGGUGCAUUUACAUCCCAUACAAAGUAUUUUAAGGUCAUAAGAAACGCUCGAUUAGAGAGAUACGCAUAUGAAACGAAUAAACUUCUCAUAAGACUAGAUAAGUUAUUAAAUAAUUUACCGUCAGAUCCUGUUGAUAGGAAAGCUCACGAACGCACCAUCGUGCCGUGGAUUGACGAAAAAAACGUGAAACUGUGUCCCAAUUGCGCUAAGAGCUUUCACCUGGCGAGGAGAAAACAUCACUGCAGACUGUGCGGAGCAGUCAUGUGCCAUAACUGCACCUUAUUUCUAUCUCUAGUUAGUGCACGGAAAAUGACGAAUCCUGUAUCGGUGCAGGAUGAUUCCGCUAUACCGCCCGCGUCGGAACGAGCCCUCUCCGAGAGGAUAAUGCGCGCUGGUGUCGGUCUCACGAAGCUGGCGCGUUCACCUUCCAGCGGUAGCUUGAACAGUGUACUAUCGUUAGUCAACGAUCCGGCUAGCGGUGAGCAGCAUUUCCGAGUUUGCAUGCACUGCAUGAACCUGCUCGACGCGCGGGAGAUGCAGAAAGCGAAACAAUUCGACAAACCGAUCGUUUGUCAGUUUUACGAGAAGAUGCGGGACUACAUGGGGGAGGCCACGAAGCACUUGGCGAUGUACAAUAAAAUGUGGAAGUCGUUGAAAGAAGGGGAGACAAUGUAUAGUCUGGAGGACGCUCAAACGUUGCGACUGAAACUGGCGAAGCUUGGCGAAAACAUAGACGCGACCAGUAAGAGGAUUCUGGUGCUUGGUACGCCGAAAGAUACGGAUCAGGCCGCUCCGCCGGGGCAGGAGCACAGGCUGUACCAGAUGGUCCGAACGUCGGCGAUGAUAUUUCUGAAGGAAGAGCUACUGACGCUGCAACCUUUACCCACCCCGGAGGAAUACACAACUCUGCAAGAGGAACGUCAGAAGAGGAUAGAGGCUCGGAUAGCGUACGAGCGACAACUGGAGGAAGAACAGCGAGAAAAGUCAAAGGAACAGCGCAAAAGGGAGACGUGGAACUUGGACAGUGGACCUUCUGUGAAAACUACUCAGGCACAGCCGGUGGUGACACAGUCUCAGGGCUGGGGCCCGUCCAGUGUCGCACCCAUCAUGUCUUCCUCUAUGGAUCCGCUGAUCGAACAAAUGAGCAAUCUUCACGCUUACAUCAAGCAAGCCCGGGCAGAUUGCAAGUACGACGAAGUCGCGACUUUAGAGAGCAAUCUCCGGGAGCUUCAAAGUGCCUACUUUGCUAUGAAACAGAGUACCAGUAGCGAUAGCUAGGCGUAACAGGCAGCACGCUUCUUAUAUGUCUCGGCUUGUCGAGUGACAGGUUCCUUAUUAUAGUAAGAUACAUUUCCUAUUGAUUUGCAAGGUAUUUAAUAAAUCUUCUAUGCGAGUUUCAAUAUAUUACACAUAUACACAUGAAUAUAUGUAGAUAGAAAGAGGGAGAAAGUUUAUAUAGGAAAAAUUAUGAGAAUGUAUAAAGUGUUAUAUCUUGCUCUAUAUCUUGUGUACUUUGUACAGUAAAUUUUUGUAUCAAUCCAUUAUUUGCGGCAA